AUGGCUGAAGAGACUGGCAUAUUGGCAUUUAAAUUAAUGAUUAAUCGGAAUUUACAUAUCCUGGAAAGAAUCUUUUGGCUCCUUACAUUUAUCGGUUCGAUAUAUGGCGCUUUGUGGAUAACGAAUUUGCAAAUUUAUCGCUUUUUAAAAUCACCCACAGUGAUAUCGGUGGAUCGCAAUUAUCGUGAUUGGAUCGGUUAUAUGCCGGCAAUAACACUGUGUUAUUACGAUCACAUCGAUUCGUAUAAGGCAAAUGAAUUCAUAUUGGAAAAUUGGAAUGUCUCGAUUGUGGAUGAAGAUUAUUUCUAUUAUAUGGAUUUUUUGUAUGCUGUGGUGAAUGCCAGUGCCAGUAAUUAUAUGGAUUUGGCAAAAUUUGCCAAAUUUGUGGAUUUGUAUGCAUUAAUUCAGGCCAUAGACAGGCCAUUUGAACAAAUUAUCAACACGUAUGAAGGGAAUUUUGAGGUGCCCGUGAAAUCCGUGAUGACCGAAAGGGGUUCUUGCUACGUUAUUAACUCAUCAAUGGGUGAGGUUGUCAAAACAGAUUCUCUCACCUUUGAUGAUCUGAAACAGCCUCCAAAGUGUCAUUUUGGCAAACAACAAUGUUUCAUAAAAGUUGAUCUCUUGGAGAGUACCGGAACGGUUGAUGUCCACUCACCCUUUGAAAUCUCAUCAACUGAUGCCAGUAAUAUUCCAUUACAUAAAUCGGAUGAAAUUAUUGCCUCCUAUAAAGUAUUGGAAACAGUAGCUUCUGCAAAUCUAAGAGACCUAACGAGAGAUCAGCGCAAAUGUGUUUUCCACGAUGAAGAGACCUCCGAUCUGAAGAUUUACAGUAAAACCGUGUGCCUGGCAAAAUGUCGCGCUACCAUGGCGGUGGAAAUGUGCAAUUGUGUACCGUUCUUUUAUACGUUUCUGGAGGGUCCUAGUUGCAAUCCAGCUGGAUUUGAAUGCUUACUCGACUUCAAGUGGCCGGUGUGGGCUCUGCACAUUUGUAAAUGUCCAAGCACUUGCAUUGAAAUGGAAUAUACCCUGCAUACGACAAAGAAAAGCUCAUGGGGUGGUAGUACAUUAGAUGAAACUAAGACCGAUGUGGUCACCUCAAGUUUUCGAUGGGAUCUAAUACCACCAAAGGUGCGAAUGCGACGUGAUGUUGUGUUUAGUUUUGAGGAUUUAUUGGUUUCCUUUGGCGGUACCAUGGCCUUAUUUUUGGGCAUCAGUUUUAUCACGGUUAUUGGCUUCAUUUACUCAUUGGUUCGCCAUCUUUCGUGGGAUUUUUAUCAUUUGAUGAAAUGGAUUUAUGCAACAUGCUUUCGAUAUCGAAGGAAUUUCCAAAAUCGUCGUCAAUUGCAAGUGUUGCAACAACGCCAUCUUGUGGCGGUGAUACCAAAAAGAAUGUCACUGGUCGAUAGCAUUAAAAAGAGACGUGAAUUAUUGUUGAAAUUACGUUGCAAAGAUUCAGAUGGAGCUUUGGCUGUGGAAAAUCUUGAAGAUGAUGCUAAUGUGGAGAGCAAUCCGGGUUCAUUGUAUGAAUUUUUAAAUUGA